UGGAGGUGUGAGGAUGAAUGUUGUUAGUGCAUAUGCACCGCAAGUUGGGUGUGAAAUGGGUGAGAAAGAAGAUUUUUGGAGUGAGUUGGAUGAAGUGAUGAACAGUGUACCCAAGGGACAGAAAGUGGUGAUUGGAGUGGAUUUCAAUGGACAUGUUGGUGAAGGGAACAGAGGAGACGAGGAGGUGAUGGGUAGGUAUGGAACAUAGGAUGACGUACAAGAGUGGAGGAAGAUGCACACAGGUAGAUUACAUCCUAUGCAGAAGAGUUGAUCUGAAGGAGAUUGAAGACUGCAAUGUGGUGGAAGGGGAAAGUGUAGUUAAUCAGCAUAGGAUGGUGGUCUGUAGGAUGACGUUGGAGAUCAAGAAGAGGAAGAGAGUGAGGGCAGAGCCUAGGAUCAAAUGGUGGAAGUUGAAAAAGGAAGACUGCAAGGUUGAGUGUAGGGAGAAGGUGAGACAGACACUGGGUGGUAGUGAAGGAUUACCAGACAGUUGGGAAACUACAGCAGAUGUAGUAAGGGUGACAGCAAGAAGAGUGCUUGGCGUGACAUCUGCACAGAGAAAGGAGGAAAAGGAAACCUGGUGGUGGAAUGGGAAAGUACAGGAGAGUAUACAGAGGAAGAGGAUGGCAAAGAAGAAGUGGGAUAGUCUGAGAGAUGCAGAAAGUAGACAAGAGUACAGGGAGAUAAGGCACAAGGUGAAGAGAGAGAUGGCAAAGUCUAAAGAAAAGGUGUAUGAUGAGUUGUAUGAGAGGUUGGACACAAAGGAGGGAGAAAAGGACCUGUACCGAUCGGCUAAACAGAGGGACCGAGCUGGGAAAGUUUUGCAGCAGGUUAGCAUAAUAAAGAAUAAAGAUGAAAACGUACUCACAAGCGAGGAGAGUGUGUUGAGCAGAUGGAAAGAGUACUUUGAGAGGCUGAUGAAUGAAGAAAACAAGAGAGAAGAGGUUGGAUGAUGUGGAGAUAGUGAAUCAGGAAGUGCAACAGAUUAGCAAGGAGGAAGUUAGGACAGCUAUGAAGAGGAUGAAGAAUGGAAAAGCUGUUGGUCCAGAUGACAUACCUG